GGGCGGGGCUGUAUUGUCCUUCUGUGGUGGAGCUUAAUCAAAAUGGCUUCCAGCUGGUCCUCAGUGGGGAUCGGGAGACUUGAGGCCUAGACGUGAGACACUGGCCGGGCAAACCAGGCUGACGAGACAAGAAAGGGGGAGCCUAAAUCAAAGCCCCAGCAUGAGGUUCUCGAAAAAAACCUUAUUCAGUGGCCCAGAUGCACCUUUCCCCACGGUUGGAGGAACAUCACACUUCUUCUGGGUCAGCCUCUCAUCCUUCUAAUUUUAAAGCUUCAGCCUCAGCCCAGUUCCCACCAGGCUCUUACCUCAGUGAAGUAUUUUCAUCCUGCUGGUAACUCUACAGUUUGACUAGCUGACGGAAAAUAUUCAUUCUACAAACUCCUAACUCAUGGCCUGGCUCCCAACUUCCAAGAGGAAACAGUCCAUCAGAGAGAGCUACCUGAUACCAAGUUUCCAAUGCAGUCGUUCAUUUCCCCCUUCCCUCGGGAUAAAAAACUGAAACUCUGUCCAGUCUCUGGGCUAGGCUGCAUUUGCUGGGCUUCCAGCUUGUCCUCCAUGCGGAAGAGGAGCCUUAAAGUCUUCCGUGUAAGACAGGCCAAAGAAGACAGAUGGAUCAGGGAAGACAGGAGAAGCCCAAGUUCAAGUCAGCUCUCCUCAGGCUACUGCAAUAGCCUUCUAAUUGGUGUUUUUGUGUUAAGUUGUACCAAAUGUGGAUAAUAUCUGCACUCUUCAAGCUACUCUUUGUGGUUGCUGACUCUCACCCUGAGCCCAGCUGUCUCGAUUUCACGGGUGUUUCAUCUGCAUCCAUUUCGUCUGCGUGCCUCUUAAGCGUUUUGGGGUGGUGGCGUCCGCCUUCGUACACAAGCCCGACAGACCGACACGGCUCGCGGAAGGCAUCCCUAGCUCUGAGGACCUCUCAGAGAAGCGGUUGCCUCGACGCUAACCUACAAACCAACAAGAGGCGUGGAAAGCCAGAGUUAAUUCCAGGAGUGAAUUCCAAGAAGAAGCAAAUGUGUUUUGACUGGGGACCAGGAGAGAUGCUGGUGUGUGAAACCUCCUUCAACAAAAAAGAAAAGUCAGAGAUGGUGCCAGGCUGCCCCUUUAUCUAUAUUAUCCGGAAGGAUGUAGAUGUAUACUCUCAGAUCUUGAGAAAACUCUUCAAUGAAUCCCAUGGAAUCUUUGUGGGCCUCCAGAGAAUUGAAGAACUGAUUGGAAAAUCCAGAAAAGCUCAAUUGGUUCGAGUGAGUAAAAACUACAGAUCAGUCAUAAGAGCAUGUAUGGAAGAAAUGCACCAGGUUGCCAUUGCUGCUAAAGAUCCAGCCAGCAGUCACCAAUUCAGCAGCCAGGUCUCCAUUUUGUCAGCAAUGGAGCUCAUUUGGAACCUCUGUGAGAUUCUUUUUAUUGAAGUAGCCCCAGCUGGCCCUCUCCUCCUUCACCUCCUUGACUGGGUCCGACUGCAUGUGUGUGAGGUGGACAGUUUGUCGGCAGAUGUUCUGGGCAGUGAGAAUCCAAGCAGACACGAGAGCUUCUGGAACUUGGUGACCAUCUUGGUGCUGCAGGGCCGGCUGGACGAGGCCCGGCAGAUGCUCUCCAAGGAAGCUGAUGCCAGCCCCACCUCUGCUGGCAUGUGCCGGGUCCUGGGGGACCUGAUGAGGACCAUGCCUGUUCUCAGUCCUGGUAGCACUCAGACAUUAACAGAGCUGGAGCUGAAGUGGCAGCACUGGCAUGAAGAAUGCGAGCGGCACCUCCAGGAUGGCACAUUCGCCUCCAGUCCUCACCUGGAGUCUCUCUGCAAGAUCAUGCUGGGAGAUAAAGCUGCCUUGUUGCAACAGAAGGAUCUUCUGAGUAACUGGUAUCAUUUCCUAGUGACCCGGCUUCUGUACUCUCACCCCACAGUAAAACCCAUCGAUCUGCACUUCUAUGCCCAGUCCAGCCUUGACCUGUUUCUGGGAGGUGAGAGCAGCCCAGAACCACUGGAUAACAUUUUGAUGGCGGCCUUCGAGUUUGACAUCCACCAAGUAAUCAAGGAGUGCAGCAUUGCCCUAAGCAACUGGUGGUUUGUGGCCCACCUGACAGACCUGCUGGAUCACUGCCAACUCCUCCAGUCUCAUAAUCUCUACUUUGGAUCUAACAUGAGAGAGUUCCUCUUGCUGGAAUACGCCUCAGGGCUGUUUGCUCAUCACAGCCUGUGGCAGCUGGGGGUGGAUUACUUUGACUACUGCCCUGAGUUGGGCCGAGUUUACCUGGAGCUGCACAUUGAGCGGAUCCCUCUGAGCACUGAACGGAAAGCCCUCAAGGUGUUGCGGAUUUGUGAGCAGCGGCAGAUGACUGAGCAAGUUCGGAGCAUUUGUAAGAUCUUAGCCAUGAAAGCUGUCCGCAACAAUCGCCUGGGCUCUGCCCUCUCCUGGAGCAUUCGAGCCAAAGAUGCAGCCUUUGCCACACUGGUGUCAGACAGGUUCCUCAGGGAUUACUGUGAGCGAGGCUGCUUUUCUGAUUUGGAUCUCAUCGACAACCUGGGGCCAGCCAUGAUGCUCAGUGAUCGACUGACCUUCCUGGGAAAGUACCGGGAGUUUCACCGAUUAUAUGGGGAGAAGCGUUUUGGUGAUGCAGCUUCUCUUCUCCUGUUAUUGAUGACAUCCAAGAUUGCCCCACAGUCAUUCUGGAUGACAUUGCUCACAGAUGCCCUGCCCCUUUUGGAACAGAAACAGGUGUUUUUUUCAGCAGAGCAAACAUAUGAGCUGAUGAAAUGUCUGGAGGACUUGACCUCAGGAAGGCCAGUGUGUGGAGAGCCUGAUGCCCAGCGACUGCAGGAUGAUGACAUAGAAACCACCAGGGUGGACAUGCUGAGACUUGCUCUUGCACGAAAUCUUGCUCGGGCAAUUAUAAAAGAAGGCUCUUUGAAAGGUUCCUGAGGUCAGCUGAGACCUGCUCCAGCAUGGUAUCUGUAUGGCGAUGUAUAUUAAGUUUGAAAAGAAUAAAUGUUUUCUUUUGCAAAAAUA